AUGGCAAUGUGUAAUGAAAUACCAAAGAGUGUUGCUGAUUCGAUUGGACCAAGCGAAUUUGACGAAGAAACUUGGUUAAUUGCACCUCCGUCUGAUGUUACGUCACAAAAUUCUGGUCGUAUAUUAGAAUGGCUUCAAGUGCAUUCCGAGCGUCUUAUUAUAAAAUCAUUCAUACAGUGUUGCUUUCUUUCUCGGAUUAUGCAUGAUUAUGCAUAUUCAGACACUUUCUCUUUAACGCUUAGAAGUAUGAUCCUUAAUCUUCAAGAUCUGGGUGCAGAUAUGAACGUUGAUUUUCAAACAAGAAGUGCAUUAAGUCGAAAAUUAGCUAGUCAUGCGGCAAAAAAAAUGUUCGUAAUUUUCGUCUUUUCACGAUUUAAUGUUGGUGCAUCGAUAGCUCAGUGGCAAGAAGCUUUUUUUCGAUUACUUUUGUUUGGAUCAUUUCACCUUUUACAACAUCGUACAUAUUUGGUUUUAGAAAGGAAAAUCGAAAAAUUAUUUGCAUCUACACCGUCGUCAUCGUCGAUACAUUCUGUCGAAGAUGCAGAUCAAUUGCUUAGUCAUUAUAGUUUACAAACGUUGACCAGCGAUUCCGCAGCUGCUUUAAAUAACUCAGAUAUGCGUCGUUCUAUGACCUUAGAUGUUGUCUUUGAGAAUGAUCACGUAGGAAACGUAGAAAAUGAACUAGAUGAAGAAAUCAUGAAGGAAAAUGAAGUGACGAGUACUUCUGAUGAUGAAUUUUUCGAUGCUAUAUCAGAAUCAUCAAUUAAUGAUGAGAAUCCGGAUCAGAGAAUAUCGCCAUCCGGUGAAUAUGAAACACGGUCUGCUGAUAAGAUAAGAACAGCGUCAAAUUUACAAACAUUAGCAGAGACUUCGGAAUUGUCCUUUUCUGAUACUUCGGAAAUAAAUGGAAAUAAGGCAUCAACCAAAUUUCCUCCAAACGAUUUGUUGAAUCUUUCAGCUAGAUCAACAUGGCCAAAUAAUACAGCUAAAGUGGCUCCAACCAUCAUCAAAAAACAACAACAGCAGUUAUCAUCGCCGUUCGAAACUCCAUUAAAAAAUGCAGCAAAAGUUAAUACUCCUGAUUUAAGUGAUAUCCAGAAUAUAGUUCAUCAACAAGAAAUCGAGCUUUGGGAAGAAAUGCGGCAAAGAAAAUCUUCUCUGAAUAGCGAAAGCGGGAAAACUCGAUCUGCAAUGGAGAAGAUUAUGCUAAAUGAUAAUGUUAAAUAUGCAAUGGCAUCAUCUCGUUCAGUUGAUUUUUCUACUGAAAGCCCCAUAAAUUCUUCAUCUGCACCGACCAAUUACCAUAUAUCGCGAUUGCCAACACCGAUAAGACGCACAACGCGUCCAGUACGUUCCGGGUUGGCAUUAACGCGGAUUUCGGCUGAUCAUAUAGCACUGAGAGGAAUGGCAGGUGGCAGUACUCCCUCUCUUGCUAUUCCGAAUCACCAUUCAUUUGACGAAUCACUUUCGGAAUAUGGAGAAUCAGCAAGGUACGGUCAGCAUUGGAGUGAUGAAUGUUUUUAA